CCCGCCCGCCCGCGGCUCCCCAGCCCCAGGCCGGGAGGUAGGAAGGCGCCGGCGGGAGUCGGGGAUCCUGCUUUGGGGCCCAGAUGGGGGAACCCCGGGCUGGGGCCCCCCUGGAUGAUGGCAGCGGCUGGACAGGAACUGAGGAAGGAAGUGAGGAGGGCACUGGCGGCAGUGAGGGGGCUGGGGGAGAUGGAGGCCCAGACGCAGAGGGUGUCUGGAGUCCGGACAUCGAGCAGAGCUUCCAGGAGGCCCUGGCCAUUUACCCGCCCUGCGGCCGGCGGAAAAUCAUCCUGUCUGAUGAAGGCAAGAUGUAUGGUCGGAAUGAACUGAUUGCCCGCUACAUCAAGCUGAGAACGGGGAAGACCCGAACUCGAAAACAGGUCUCUAGUCACAUCCAAGUUUUGGCUCGAAGGAAAUCGAGGGAAAUCCAGUCCAAGCUCAAGGCCCUGAAUGUGGACCAGGUUUCCAAGGAUAAGGCUUUCCAGACAAUGGCCACCAUGUCCUCGGCCCAGCUCAUCUCAGCACCUUCCCUGCAGGCCAAACUGGGUCCUGCUGGUCCUCAGGCCUCUGAGCUUUUCCAGUUUUGGUCCGGGGGCUCAGGGCCCCCCUGGAAUGUUCCAGAUGUGAAGCCAUUCUCACAGACACCGUUCUCCUUGUCACUGACUCCUCCAUCUACUGACCUCCCAGGGUACGAGCCCCCACAAGCCCUCUCCCCCUCUGCAUUGCCCCCACCUGCCCCAUCACCUCCAGCCUGGCAGGCUCGGGCUCUGGGCACUGCUCGGUUGCAGCUGGUGGAGUUCUCGGCCUUUGUGGAACCGCCAGAUGCAGCUGACUCUUACCAGAGGCAUCUCUUCGUACACAUCAGCCAGCACUGCCCUAGCCCUGGAGCGCCCCCCCUCGAGAGCGUGGAUGUUCGGCAGAUCUAUGACAAAUUCCCUGAGAAAAAAGGUGGUCUGCGGGAGUUGUAUGAUCGCGGGCCGCCACACGCCUUCUUCCUGGUCAAGUUCUGGGCGGACCUGAACUGGGGUCCGAGUGGUGAGGAGGUGGGGGCCAGUGGCAGCAGUGGCGGUUUCUACGGAGUGAGCAGCCAGUACGAGAGCCUGGAGCACAUGACCCUAACCUGUUCCUCCAAGGUCUGCUCCUUUGGCAAGCAGGUGGUGGAGAAGGUGGAGGUGAGGCUGGAGGGGUGGACCACUGAGCAGACGGAGCGUGCCCAGCUGGAGGACGGGAGGUUCGUGUACCGCUUGCUGCGCUCGCCCAUGUGCGAGUACCUGGUGAAUUUCUUGCACAAGCUGCGGCAGCUGCCUGAGCGCUAUAUGAUGAACAGCGUCCUGGAGAACUUCACCAUCCUUCAGGUGGUGACAAACAGAGACACCCAGGAGCUGCUGCUCUGCACCGCCUACGUCUUUGAGGUCUCCACCAGUGAGCGGGGGGCCCAGCACCACAUUUACCGCCUGGUCAGGGACUGAGGGGGGACCCCAAAAGUGGCUCACCCCCAGAAUACCCUCCUCCCAGGAAGGACCUGAAGCUUCUCUCAUGCUUCUUAUUUGGGGAGGGGGCUGCUCCCUGUUAGAGUGGACCUUACAAGCUGGGUAGUGAGUUAAAUGAGAGGAAAGGAUGGACCUCACAGGGGCGUCUGAAAGGACAGAUCCCUCCAGAGCAUCAGGAACUGGGGACAGGAGUGAGACAUCCUGAGUUACGGCACUGGUUUCUCUGUCUCUACAAGGGAACCUCCCCCACCCCGACUCUGUUCUAGGUGUUUUGGAGGGCUCUGCUUACACAUGGGCUUGUUCCUUUCUUGCUCUUCAUCCCCCCACCCCACCCCAGUCUGCCUCUCACCACCUCCAUCCUCUGACCCUGCAACUGAAUAUUGAAGGUUAACCCUUUCUGUGCAGAAGCAGAGCCAAAUGGGCCCUGGAAAUAUUUUUUUUUUAAUAUAACAAGAGAUAUUUAUAAGUGGGUGUUAGGGUCAUGACUUUUUCUCAGCUGGGCAAGCAGUGGGGUGAGGCUCUUUCAUCUCCUUGUCUUCCAAAUGAGCGGUGGUCUAGACUGUGUUGCGUCCCUUCCCCCCCUUCCCUCCAAAGUGUGUUGGUUUGUGUUUUGACAGAGGAUAAAGCUAUUUUACCAAAA